UUGAAAAUAUUGAAAAGUUAGAAGUUUUCCUUUAGAUUAAGUACAGCAAAAUAAUAAUGUUUUAUAUGAUAGAAUCUUGGGGAAUUAGCUGAGUCAUAUGCCCACGUCUAUCUUAUGGCUGUGCAGGUAUAUCUGGAAUUUCACAUACAAUUUACCAGUCAGUUAAACAGUAUUAUAACUGGCAUUAUAGAAGCUUGAUUCAAGGAGGGCUUGAAAUGGUUUGCAUUGCUUGAUUAUUGUGAUGUGCUGAAUAUGAGAUUAGUAGUGACUGGCAUGAUUUCCUCUGUCAAGAGACUUGAACCCUGUGUCCAGGUCUUCAGAAAUGUCACAAGUCUAUGGAACAGGGAGUAUUCCUUGAGAAGUCAUGCAGAUUCCUGGAGGAUCAAUCCAAUAGAGGAUUUACAGGACUUUGUUGCUGUCCCACUUAUAAAGAAAGAAAACUAUCUAUUUAACCCAUCUCCAGAGGACAUAGAGAAGGGACACAAUCUCUUUAUACAAAAACCUGGGCAUGUUAUCAAAAUGGUGAAAUCAGUGGUAGAUCUAGAAAAGCUACCAGUACAGAAUAUUCCAGAGGUAUCCUUUGUUGGCCAAAGUAAUGUUGGAAAGUCCUCACUAAUCAAUGCAUUGUUUUGUAAUGCUGUGAACACUAACCUAGUCAGGAUAGGUAAAACACCAGGAUUGACCAAAACUUUGCUGUUUUUCAAUGUGGGUAAACAGCUUUCCCUGGUGGAUAUGCCAGGCUAUGGUACAAACAUGCCAUCCUAUUACACAGAGACCAUGCACACCUACCUCAAGACCAGAAGAGAACUCUGUAGGUCGUUUUUAUUAGUGGAUAGUGAGCAAGGACUUACCAAUUUAGAUAAACAGGGACUAAAGAUGAUGGAGAACCUUGCCAAACCUUAUGCUAUUGUUAUGACAAAGAUUGACAAACCCAGAAGAUCAGUUCUUGUGAAAAAUUUGAUGGAGGUUUUAGACCAUGCUAACAAGCACACACAUAUCUGCUUUCCUCAGCCAUUUCUUGUUUGUGCACCUUCAUUAGCUGGGAUCAUGUACCUGCAGACUUUUAUUGCCCAUGUGACAGGAAAUUUACAGCUGAUGUGACAGGAAAUUUACAGCUGACAUGAUAGGCAAUUUACUGUUGAUAUAACAGGAAAUUUACAGCUGAUUUAACAGGAAAUUUACAGCAGAUUUAACAGAGAAUUUACAGCAGAUGUGAUAGUUUACAGCUCAACUCAAUUAAAAGAGAGAAUUGUGUUCACACACCAUUUGUAAAGGACAGUAAAAUAUUUCACAUAAAGUGGGCAGGAAAUGGAAACCAGAGGACGGAGGACUGAAAAUCUGAUAGAUUGACAGAUUAAUUAAAAACAGUAGAUGAUUUGUGGUUGACAUUUUUAUUCAAUGCCAUUUUAUUUUUGUAAAAUAAAUAAGUGACAAACAAUA